AUGGCUUCCGUCUCCCUCUACGAUGUCUCUAUCGGGAUGACCAUCCAAACGCUCGACACCCUCGUCGACCUCCUGAAGAAGGCCCAGGAGCACCCGGAGGCCGCCACCCUGGCGGACACGCGUCUCAUCGACGACAUGAAGCCCUUCUCCUUCCAGAUCAUCGCCGUGACCAACUUCGCCAAGAAGUACGUCGAGCGCCUGACGGGCCGCAAGGUGGAGGUGUGGGAGGACAACGAGACCACGCUCGAGCAGCUCCUCGCGCGCGUCAACAAGACCCUCGACCUGCUCAAGGCCGUCUCACGCGAGGAGGUCGACGGGUCCGACCGCGAGACCGUCAGCCUCCAGGUCGGCCCCUACAACCCCGUCGACGCCACCCCGUCGCAGUACGUGCUCGGCUUCGCCAUCCCCAACAUCAUGUUCCACUUGACCAUGGCCUACGGCCUCCUGCGGAUGAAGGGGAUUGAAUUGGGCAAGAGGGAUUUCAUGAACCACUAUAUGGCGGACUGGUUCAAGCCGACUAUGAAGGAGCAGUAG